AUGCGCUCGAAACGACGCGGUGGAGCCAGCAGUUGGAACCUAGGUGGAACCGUCGGAAGCUGCAGCGAUGGGUGGUCCCAGCAAGGGUUUCACCACGCUACUAGCCCACUAACCGAAACGCCUCGAGAGAAGCCGCGUACGCAAUUACGAAAAGCGGAUGGAAAAAGUCUUGGUGUUCGUCCCCCGUCGUUGAGUGUUCGUCUGUUCUCUCGUCAGUCUACACACGACGAUUCCGGUGGCUCCGCUCAAGGGUCAACAAAAUCGACAACCUAUGUACCGGAGUCAGGUUCCUUUGGACGAAGGAUAGCGGCCGGUCGACAACGCCUCCUUAAACGGGGGUCGCCGAUUGGACAACAGCCUUCUCUUGAGUCUAGUCAUAAAAGGAGAUCAUUCAGAAUCCGCAAACAGUCAAGGAUGGCACAUACCGACGAAGUUGAGGAUCGCAGCGAAGAAAAUGCGCCGGCGAUACAGCGAGGGAGCUCUGCGCGCAGUUCCAUAUGGAACAUACGCGCAGCAAUUCAGCAGGUGCCCGAAAUCGCGGGCGCCCUUAUCCACGAAGUUCUACCCGUUACUCUUGCCGCACGUGAUUCUCUUAAACCAACUGAUGACCCUCCUGCUCAAUCGCCGACGGAAGUCACUGUUCCGAGUCACGCAAGUUCACAACAAGGGAGUGGUUAUGGGCAACAACCUGCCCCUAAGUCUCAAUUUGAUGAUGAGGAACAGCACAUUCUUUCGAACUUGCCUUGGAUUAAGGUUGUCAUUCGAAUGGCCAACUCGUUCGAUAUGGACUGCACGCAUGAGUCUGUUUGUACACAACGCUGUUUCCUGAGGGUGACCCGACAGUGUCAUCGCUUAACUAUGGCACUGUCAACGCUUUAUGGACAGCGAAGAGAGGUCAAAACGAGAGUCGAUAAACGGAAAUUACUGCUGGACAAAUGGGAGGGUGAGCAACAGGCUUUACGUAGGUCGAUCCACUCCCGUCAGUCGGCUGCAGUUCCUCGGCGAGAGAGUGCACUUGUAGGUGCAAACUCAGAAUGCAGCAGCAAAGCUAUCAAGGCCAUGCUGAUGGAGAAGAUGAUGCAAGAGAAAGAACGUGAAAAAGAAAGGGAGAAAGAGGAAGGGAUCAACAAGAAAACUAGCGUUGAACAAGAUCGGCAGUCUGAGAUGACUUUGGAUGAGAACGAGGAAGAUGUUAACAAGGAAAUGCUUGAUUAUAUCAGAACCUUGGUGCUUAAUCUCGUGCACACUCCAUUAUCAACGGCGUUGAAAAGCUGUCUUCUACUCGCUCCGGAGCAGUAUAAGCAAAUGAUUGAAGUCUCUUGGCAACUACUUCUCAAUGAAGAUCCGCACGUUGUGCUGAGUUCUGCAUCGAUGUUUGUUGCUGGCUGUGUUCGUCGCCCCGAAGAUGCCUUGAAAGUGAUGAAAAAAGCACUGCACUCCAAAAAUGCCACCGAGAAAACGGAAGCAAUACAAAGGUUUUACGCUCUAUGGAGAAACAGGUUCCAUGUGUGGCUUAAAAUGGAGGAGGGCGCACAAGCUUCAUUUAAGGUCCCGCCCCCAGGCAUUGACUUCACCUUGCCUUCACCUCCGAUUGGUCAAAGUCAGCUCCCUGUCGUGGAUCCUCCUUGGAUGCCUCAUUUAAAAACCAAAAUAGAAGAGCUUUCGUUGAAAGAAGAGGAGCAUGCAACGUCCCAAACAAUCAUGACAAUGACUCGAACUCGGAGAAAGCAAAAGCAGGAAAUGGUGAAACGAGCUGUAAGAGAAGCAGAGGAACGACAAUGCGAACAACGGCAACUGUUCAAGUUGCGAGGCUCCGCUAUUGUUCAACAAGCUGCAUAUGAACCAGCCCUGUUUCAUCAUCAACAAGAGCAAGGCGAAGAAUCUGAAACCACUCAUCACACCACACGACAUCCAUUGCCAGUAGCUCAACCUCUCUUCCCUUCACCUCUGCUUGCUGUCAUUCCAAUGAUUAUUGAGAUGUUGGAUGAUCCUCAGGUGGACAAAAGUGGUGUGUCUGUUUGCGACGUGUCGCGGAAGAUAAUCUGGACUUGUAUAGUAGAAGAUCCUUCGCUGUUCUUCAGACACUUUCUUGAGAAGUUGACAAAUCGCGAGCGUCAGACUCUUUCAAAUGAAUAUCGUCCUACGGCCAAUUAUGAAUACCUCAUGUCGCUGCUGAGGAAACUCAUUCUCAGAUUCAAUCCCUUGCCCAGUCAGGCAGCAUAUUCUCUGCUCAACUAUUUGUUCGGGUUUGUCAUGCAUUAUGUACGAGCUCAAUGCGAAGGUGCUGACAAAGCUAUUGGUAUGGCUCUUUCCCUCACAUGGAUACUCGCUCCUAACGUUCACGGACUGUACUUCAAGGACCUCAAGCAGACAUUGAAGAAGGAGCAAUGUGAUCAAGCGCUAAUGAUCACAGCAAAUGUGCCUUCUGCUAAAAAGAUCAUAGUGCACGGUCCGGACUCCGGAAUGGGCGGGAUUCCAAGCCAGUUUCCUGUUCAUGAGGACACACAGUUCCAGCAAAUAUUGAGGUUCGUUUCAAACUAUCUGACUUCAGUGCCAAAUACUUAG